AAACACGCCAUGUUGAAAGUGUGUUUAUUAUCUGUGUGUACAAACCUGAGGGAGUGUAUGUCUGUGUAAUCUGUAUCACCUCUCAUCCAGGAGGAGGAGGGUCCCAGAGGUGCUGCUGGUGAAGGAGGAGUGGUAUGAGGAGGGUCUGGGGGACCCUGGUCAUGGAGGACAGCCAGACUACACUUCCUGAACCCACAGAGGAACCAGCUGAGCAACACAGGACCACACACAGUCUCACUGAGUCAGUAGACAUGGAGGAUGGGAAGCCUGAUCUGCUGUUAGUCAAAGAGGAGAGAAUAGAAGACGGACCAGAGAGCAUUGACCUGCUGAGUGGACUAAAGAUGGGGGAGCAAGGUGGUUGGCUGGAGGCUAACAAAUACUGGGUGGCUGUCUUGGAUUCUCUGACCCUGACUGGUGCAGCUAAGGGCUCGCAGGACGAUAUCACUGAGCAGGCCAGGACCAGAGGCGACAUAGUGGAGUCUGCAGUCCAUGAAGACCUGCUGAUAUCCGGUGUUACUGGCGGGAGAGACUGGACCUCUGAAGAGGCUGGCCACAAACCCUGGCCCCGGAUCAGGACCCUGGAUCAGGAGCAGUCACUCUUCCUUCCCCAGUCAGAACCCGGAACCAACCACGGGGGACAGAGACUCCACCACAACUACAUAGAACACAACCAGUGCACAGGUGGACUGAACCAACUCGGUCCUGGUGGUCAUCUGAGAGACAGAGGCUCCAGUCCGCAGACCAGACCCUUCUCUUCACAGUCUCAGUGCAGGGAUGAAGCAGGGCCUGGGGCUGAUAGAGAUAGACCCUCCUGUUCCUAUGAUACAAACACCACAGUAUCCAUGAUGAACAGAGCAGGUCACCCUGGGCUUCAGCCUUCACAGAGAGUGGUGGGAGACCCCCCUGAUGGUAGUCUAUCAGCAAGUCUGUCUUCUCCUUCAGGGGCUCAUCUAAUGCCUGGUGACUGGGUUCAUAGAAAGCCUGGACCUGGGUCUAGCCUUCCUCAGUUACCUCAUGGUUACCCCAUGAAUACAGACAGGGUCAGGAUGGGCGUUCACCUAGCCUAUAACACCGCACACAAUCCCAACAACACCCAAACAAUGGCUAGAGGUCAAGGAGGGAGCUCAAAGACUAAUCAACUGAGGGUGGCUCCUGCUUUUACCUCAUCUGGUGUCAUUGGGUCACAACAUGGGAGGCCGAGCGUUAGGACGGACACAGACAUGCCGUACGCCUGCCCCACGUGUGGGAAGCGCUUUGCUGAGGCAAAUCAUGUGAAGACGCACCAGACCGUUCACACCCUUCAAGUGCAAACUAAACUACAAGAGCUUAUCAGACAUAGGAGUGUCCACAACGAGGAGAAAUCGUAGCAGUGCGUCUUCAGCUGUACGCAGGGGAUGUCAGGGAAUCAUUCUUUAGCUGACAGAUUGUUGUUAUCGUGUGAAGUGUCUUGGGGUAAGAGGGUAAUUAACCAUAUACCCCUCAUUAAUCCUCUGUGUAACUUGUUAAGAGACAGUAAACCUAGGCUAGAACAAGGACAGUUGAAUAUUUACCUUAUUGAGGUGAUGUAGAUGGGAUAAAGUCAUUCUAUUCUGUUCUUUCUAAACAAGUCUGCUCUCAGCUUGAAAGAUACUGAUCGUAUGAGAUUUGAAGUGUAAGGUAAUAACCAGUAGCGUAUUUCAAAGAACAGUGCACAUAUUCUUUUCAUUUAACCACACCCUUUGAACUAUUACGCCAACCAAUACGAUCCUUCCUCUUCAGUGUAUACCGGUGUCUUGAUUUGUCGAGAUCUCUGAGUGGGGAAAAAAAGUGCAAGGCUCAAACGUCUUCUGAAUAUAUACCUAGUAAUGGUGUUAAAGAAUACAUAUCAACUA